AUUCCUGCCACUGAUACCAAUGAUGGAGCGCUAUUCCUCUCACUGACACCAAUGAUUGGCACUAUUCCUCCCACUGACACCAAUGAUGGGGUGCUAUUCCUCCCACUGACACCAAUGAUGGGGCACUAUUCCUCCCAGUGACACCAAUGAUGGGGCACGAUUCUUCCCACUGACACCAAUGAUGGGACACUAUUCCUCCCACUGACUAAUGAUGGGGCACUAUUCCUCACACACUGACACCAAUGAUGGGGCACCAUCCCCAUCAUUGGAAUACCAUACUGAAAUACCAUACCAUAUUGAAAUCAAAUCUGAUG